AUGACGGGCGGGCAGACGCCGUUGCAUGUUUUGCAGCCGCCGAAGGGGGUGGCUAAUAAGAACUUCGCAGAAGAUCUCACAACGCUGAACCUUUCGAAACUAGUUUCAUGGAUCGCGCAGCGACGUAUCAAUCCCGCAUACCCCAUCACCAUCAAAGAGCUGAGGCAAUCCCGGUGCGUGAGCAAUGUGAAAGACGGGGUCAAACUCCUCGCUCGCGGGCUAGACCAAUUGUCCACGCCGAUCAAUAUCGUGGUGUCGAAAGCGAGUGCCUCGGCGAUUAAAGCGAUUGAAAGCGCGGGUGGGAGUGUUUUUACGAGGUAUUAUACCCCGUUUGCGAUCAGGAAGAUUUUGGAGGGGAAGAUGGAUCCGGUCAAUAGCUUGAUGAGUGCAUUUCCGAGGAAUGUUGCCGUGGCUGCGGGGAGGGUAGGGGGGGAUGAGUUGGUGGACGAAGGACAGGAGGGGGAUAAGGUGGGAGAGGAAGGGGUAGGGAGUGGGUUGAGGCAGUACUUGUAUAGAUUACCGGAUCCGGCGAAGAGGAGGGAUCUUGAGUAUUACCGUGAUCCGGCGCAUAGGGGCUAUUUGGCUCAUAUGGUCCCGGAGGGUCAUGGUCCGAGUCUGUACUUUAGGACGCCUGGUGUAGGAGCGAACGUUAGGAAGAGGGUGGUACAAAACAAGCAGAAGAAGGUAGUGGGGAACACGAUGUGGUAA